AUGAAGAACUUUGUUCUCAGAAGAAGAAAGAUAGAGAUUUAUUGUCCAGGAAAGGAACAUUCGCCUUGUGAUCAAGAAUCGUCCUCUUUUUAUAGCUCCGAAGUAGAUCGCAACCUCCUCCGCGUAUCUCGUCCACGUGCAACUACCGAUCCCGCUAUUUCCGGAUCUGAACAGUCGAAGCGAGAUUCUCGUUUGACUCGUUCAAACUCAGCUUGCGGACUUGACUCCGUCGAGCUAGAGCUCGACUUCGUCUUCACAAGUAGCUCGGACAGUAAACAGCUGGAUUUUGGACAAGGAUACUUGGUGGGCUCGAGGUCACUUUACUGGGCCUGA